CAUUGGUGAUACUGGUGUUACUGGUGGUGCUGGUGUUACUGGUGGUGCUGGUGAUACUGGUGGUGCUGGUGUUACUAGUAGUGCUGGUGAUACUGGUGGUGCUGGUGAUACUGGUGAUGCCGGUGAUACUGGUGGUGCUGGUGAUACUGAUGGUGAUGGUGAUACUGGUGUUGUACUGGAAUGGAGUGAUGAAUAUUAUGAUGUAUAUGGCUUAGUCGAGAAAGAAAUAGU